AUGUCCGAAGCCACGUCCCCAGCCGAGCCCUCGCGGCUGUUGCGUGUGACGCUUGAGGGCGCCAUCAUGAGCGCCGUCUCCAACGCCCUCGCCCAAGUCCUGAGGGCCUACCGCGGUGGCGGGGCUUAUAUUGACCCGGUUGCACUCGUUCACUUCAUCAUUAUCGCGGUCAUAACCACGCCGCCGAACUACAAAUGGCAGUUGGCGCUCGAGAGGAAUUUCCCGACCAAUCCCAAACGAGACAACAAGGUCGUGGACGCGAGGGAGAAGAAGGACGAUGAUAAGCGAGCGGCGAACGAGAAAGAGACUCUGUCCAUCACCAAUACAAUUGCCAAGUUCGUGCUUGAUCAGACCAUUGGGGCGUCAUUGAAUACAAUCUGGUUCAUUGUCAUGAUCAACCUGUUGCGAGGCGAGGGUCUGAAUCACAUCAUGACAACUAUUCAAAAGGACUUUUUCCCUAUGCUCAUAGCAGGCUACAAGUUCUGGCCCAUCGUCACAAUACUCAAUCUAGUCGUUGUCCCUGUUGAACACAGGAUGCUUGUUGGAGGCCUGGCAGGGCUGGCUUGGGGUGUUUAUGUUAGUCUCAUGAACAUUUGA